CUGCGGCAGGCGGGCCGGGGACCGGCCAAACCCGAAUGGGCGAUGGAGGGGCUCGAAUUGACUAGGCGGUUGGUUUGAAGGGUAAGCGGUAGAUGGCAAGGUUCGCUCGUUGGGUGUUGGCUCCCUAGUCGCUGGCCUAUCCGCCUGCUCGCCCGGCCUGCCUUUUCCUGUCUUUCGUUUGCAGCACCAGAGCUCUGCCGCCAACUCCCGCUCGAGGUCCAAAACAAAAUGGCCGUCACGUCCAAUGCGGAGUGGGACCGGCUAAAAUGGCGUCGACCUGGAACCUUGGACCCCAUAUUUCCCGGCUUUGAGCGUUCUCCCAGGCAGUGCACAGGAACUCUCUCCAAAGCAAGAGAAGUUGAGAGCGCACACACCGCGCGUCACCCACUCCAGAUCCAGGAGGAGGCAAACACCCGUGGCCAGCUAGAGGAGCCUUUAAUGAAGAUGAACAGCGCUGCACUGCUAUUCCUGUGCCUUGAUGUGUGUGGAGGAGCAGGCAAAGGUGGCAGUGUGGGGAGUCGCAGCUGGGGUCAGCCCUGUGAGGACAGCAAUUCUAGCCCCAGGAUCCUAAUGGCAGCUGAGCCCCUGACUGAAGUGGAGGCCGCCAUCGACACAGUGGUCAACACCUUCUUCACCUUUGCAGGGCGGGAAGGCCGGAAGGGCAGCCUCAGCAUCAGUGAGUUUCGGGAGCUGGUAACUCAGCAGUUGCCUCAUCUACUCAAGGAUGUGGGCUCCCUGGAUGAGAAGAUGAAAAGCUUGGAUGUGAAUCAGGACUCGGAGCUCAAGUUCAAUGAGUACUGGGGACUGAUUGGAGAGCUGGCCAGAGAAAUCAGGAAGGAGAAGGUCCUGGAGACCCAGAAGAAGUGAAACCUGCUGGCUGGGCAGGGCUGGGCAGAACCCACAACCCCCGAGUAAAGCUUAUCCCUCCAAACAAACCUUUGUCAUUCACAUUCCGCCCUGACUUCUCCUAGGCCAGUGGGUGGCUC